AUGAUGAAUAAGCAGCACAAGCUAUACAUACAAAUCAGAAGUAUUGAAAUGGGAACAUAUGCCGCCACAUAUAAAGCCGAACUCGUCUUAUGCGUUGGAAAUCCAAUGUACUUCAGAGAUUAUCCUUACAAGUUCAAAGCCAGCCAAAAGCAUGACAUCAACCAUACUUGGACUUUUAAUAUUGUUCAUGAAGGUACUGGUAAUUUCUUAAUCGUCUUAUACAAACACCAUCUUCUUGGCAACAAAGAAAUUGGUCAGAUCCAAUUUUCUCUUGCAGGAUUCCCUCCAAAUACUGUUGUUACACAGAAAUUCGUAAUGCAAUCUGCUAAUCCAAAUGCUUUUCCAGCAGUUGUUGAAGCAGAUAUCCAUGUGUGUGAGAAUGGGGCGCCUGCUUUCCACGCCCCGCCAGCUAAGCUUCAAGAGGGAGGCAUUGUUCAAACUAGGUUUGUACUUGAUACACCAGAAGUUAAAAUUUGUUAG